AAUUUUCUGCCGAGCAACCCAAAAAAGCAUUCUCUGCGCGCAAGAUAAUCACAUCGAUCAACUCGUACGAAAUCUCAUGAUUACACACUGCUUUAUUUUCUCUUUCUCUCUCCCCAUGUUCAGCCCGUCUUUGCUUUAUAUAUAUUCACAGCCCACCCCUCAUUUUUCUUCACUUUGAAUCUUCAACCAAUUUUUCUCUCUAUCAAUAUUAGUUUGUUAUCUUCUUCAAAUUCUAAGUGAGAAGAGUGUGUGAUUAGUAUUGUUGCAUGGAUGGAUGCUUCAAGUGGACAACACCAGGAAAUGCCUUCUAAUUCACUGGAGAACAUGUUGGCUUGUUCAAAAGCACAACAAGACAGGAAGCCAAGGCCUCAACCGGAACAAGCUCUGAAAUGUCCAAGGUGUGAUUCCACCAACACCAAGUUCUGCUACUACAACAACUACAGUCUCACUCAGCCCAGAUACUUCUGCAAAUCUUGCAGAAGGUACUGGACCAAAGGCGGCACUCUGAGGAAUGUUCCAGUGGGUGGAGGCUGCAGAAAGAACAAAAGAUCAUCAUCAUCUUCAUCUUCAAAGAGAUCACAAGAUCAAUCUCUUACAUCUCCUCACAUCAACCAUCUCACUAAUCUCCCCGCUUUGAGCUAUGACUCAAGCGACCUCACUCUUGCAUUUGCCAGGCUCCAAAAACAAGCCAGUGGGCAAUUAGGGUUUGAUGAACAUGAUUAUUCUAUAUUGGGAAACCCCAACAACCCCCAUUGUGGUGAUAGUAUUCUCGGAAACCCUAAUUUGAAUAACACUUGUGGUUCAACCCCAGUCUUCCUUGAUGCUUUCAGAAGUGGAUUUGUCGAUACCCAGAACAAUUAUCAGAAUUUGUAUUAUGGGUUUGGAAAUGGGCACAGUAUGGGAGAUAUAGAUAACAAUAAUGUGGGUGGUGUUUGCGUCAAUGCAGAAAUGUUGCAGCCAUAUGGAGAAAUGGCAAGUACAAAUGCAACAACAACAGCCGUGACAGUCACAACAAUGAAGCAAGAGUUUUGCAACAAUAGCGAAAGUGAGAAUUCUAGGUUUUUGUGUGGAUUUCCAUGGCAGCUUAAUGGAGAUCAUCAUUAUGGGAACAUGGGUGGUGAAAUUGAUUCAGCAAAAGAUAGCUGGAAUGGACUCAAUUCAACUUGGCAUGGACUGGUUAACAGCCCUUUAAUGUAAAAAACAAAAAACAAGGCAUAUAAAUUCUUGUUUUAUCAGACUAAAGAAUCUCAGAUUCAAUCAAUCCCUUGAGUUUUUAUUUUUAGUAUAAACUACAGGCUACAUAGGAGAUAUGAGCUAACAAGUGAUAUAACAUCUUAUGUAAUAUCCUUGAGAAAAGAGUGAAUGAGUGAGGGUGAUGUUUCAUUGUUUUUGCAUUCAAACUCUCUGAAUUUCUCAAACUGUUGCGGUUUGUUUGCAGUGAAA